GUAUAGCAAUAUAUAGUUAUGAUCGUAUCUUAAACAACACAAUCUAUAAUGUUAACGAUAAAUGAAGAAAACGAGUUAAGAAAAUAAAUUUUAUUAAUGCUAGAAGUGCAUCAACUCAUUCACUUAACUGAUAAAGAAUACAAGAAAUAGUGUAAAAAAAAUAUAUACCUACUCCAGCCAAAAAAAGAAUUGUGAUGCAUCGAGUCAAGUCCAAAUCUUAUUUUAAAAAAGUUCUACUUAAACCUACAAUGUCUAUCUAUACAAGAUAAAAGAUAUAAAAAGUGAUUAUUUUACAAUUUUUUUCCAUAUUCAUGUGCAUUUUCCAUAAUGUGCAUUGUACUUAACAUACAUAAUUCAGCCAAAUUAGCUGACAACUCAAUUAUAUUUGCAAUAUUUUCGUUUUAUUCUUCCAUGAAGUCUAAGGUACAUAAUAUCGGUGUCUCCUUCUCUGCUCUUCUAUAUUACCUAUUCUGCCACCGUCUUUUUUUUUUGUAAUCGAUUUUUUUUAAAUGCUAUUUAGUGAAAAUAAUGUUCAUGAAAUUUGUUCAUGGAAUUUGUAAGUCCUUAUCAUAAAAAUCAAUUUGUUGGGAUGAUAUAGGAUGCGGGAGCAGCCGCCAUCUUGGAAAAUAGAGAAGUGUUUUAAUCUGCGAAAUCAAAAUGCUGGCAGCAAGGGAGAAAUUUCUUACUGAAAAUAAAGCGCCACUGAUAAGAAAUUACACCCAGACCGAUAAUGAAAUAUCUAAGACAUCGAUCGAAACCAAAACUUCUGUUCAACGUAGUACUCAAACAAGUGAGAUCUAUUUGAGUUCUGAAAAUAAUGAGAUGAAAAGUCCUACAAAAGAUGAACCCUUUUCAAACAUGCCACCAAGAGAACCAACAGAUUUGGAAUUCAAAAAUCUCUCCUUGUUAGUGAAUCUUGGAUUUAGAAAAGGAACAAAAGAAAUUUUGCAUGAUGUUUGUGGGAAAUUUCCUGGUAAUCAGCUUAUUGCAAUUAUGGGUCCUUCUGGAGCAGGAAAGUCAACUCUUCUUGAUGUUUUAUCUGGUUUCAAAACAACAGGAGUAGAUGGAUCUAUACUUUUAAAUGGACGGAGGAGAGAUUUGACUGCAUUUAGACGAAUGUCUUGCUACAUAACACAAGACGAUCGUCUACAACCAUUGCUUACUGUGUAUGAAAAUAUGCAGAUAGCUGCUGGGCUGAAGUUUGGACCAUAUAUUUCACCAGAAGAAAAAGCGGAAAGGAUCGAAAGUAUUCUUCUUCUGCUAGGUUUAUAUCAACAUGAUCUAACUCUGACAAAACUUUUAUCAGGAGGACAAAAGAAAAGACUUUCAAUUGCAAUGGAGCUACUAAACAAUCCAACAAUCAUGUUUUUGGAUGAGCCCACAACGGGGUUGGAUAGCAGUUCAUGCUCAAAGGUUUUACAACUCUUAAAAAAAUUGGCUUGUCAAGGAAGGACGAUCAUUUGUACAAUUCAUCAGCCAACGGCAAAGCUGUUCGAAGAAUUCAAUCAAGUGUAUGUCCUAUCAACGGGGUACUGCGUUUAUCAAGGGAGUACAAAAAAUCUUGUGCCAUUUUUACAAACAAUACGAUUGCCAUGCCCUAUGUACCACAAUCCAGCAGAUUAUAUAAUUGAACUUGCGUGUGGUGAAUACGGUAACGAUAAAGUAGAAAUCCUUAAGUUAGCAACACAAAAUGGUAAAAGUUUGGUUUGGUUCGAUAAGCCAGAUCAAAUUUUAAAUUCUGAAGCCCUAAUAAAAAAAUAUCCUGUACAAAAAAGAUUAAACAAAAAAUCUCUUGAGGAUACUAAUUUUUUUAAUCAACUGAAUGUCUUAAUAAAAAGAGGAUGGAUUAAAACAAAGAGGGACACAACUCUUACACAUUUGCGAAUUGCUGUGAACGUCUUUAUGGCGUUGAUUCUUGGACUUCUUUACUAUAAAGCUGGCAAUGAGGGAUCGAGAGUUUUGGAUAACUAUAAUCUGCUAUUCGCUAUAUUAAUGCAUCAUUCAAUGACAACAAUGAUGCUCACUGUACUAACAUUCCCGAUUGAGAUGUCUAUACUACUUAAAGAACACUUCAAUAGGUGGUACUCACUGAAAUCUUAUUAUGCUUCAAUAACGAUACUGGACUUACCACUUUCUAUAUUUUGUUGCUUUAUUUUUUCCGCAACAAUCUACAUCUGGAGUCAUCAACCAAUGGAAAUUUCACGAUUUUCUAUGUUUUUUGGAAUAAGUAUUCUGGUCGUGUUGGUAGGUCACAGUUUUGGAUUGAUAAUUGGUGCGUGGUUUAAUAUAGUGAAUGGUACUUUUCUGGCACCUGUUUUAACCAUUCCUAUGAUGAUGUUCGCCGGUUUUGGAGUGACACUUCGAGAUUUACCUUAUUAUCUUGAAUGGGGAAGUCAUAUAUCCUACUUAAGAUAUGGACUCGAAGGAUUUGUUAGUGCAAUAUAUGGACAAGGCCGAGAAACCUUAUCGUGUAAUGAAGCGAGUUAUUGUCAUUACAGGUAUCCCAACAAAUUUUUGACUGAAAUAACUAUGCAGGGAGAUAUGUUUUGGAACGAUUUCGUAGCAUUAUUAACAAUCGUUUUAAUAUUUAAGAUUACAGCAUACUUUAUUUUGAAGGCCAAAAUUACUUCAGUUAAGUAAGUUAAAUAAACAAAGGAAAAAAAAUUAAAAUCAUUUUUAUUUUUAAUCGGAGUGAUUGAGUAAUAUUCAAUUAAAAAGUUCAAGUGACCUCAACUCCACUCUACAUG